AUGGAAGUCAAUCCUGUAAGUUUAGCCAAAAAAAGCGAAGACUCUGGGACCGAUGGCGUAGAUCUGAGUGACUUGCAAGCUCCCCAAGCAAACGGGCCAGCGCAAAGCGAAACGGUCGACGAAGAGCUUGAGGGAGUAGUACUGCAAAAAGCUGAAAAUGUAGACAAAAUAGAUAGAGAAAUAGGGACAGCACAAAAGAAAGGCAAUGAGGAUGAGAAUAAACACGAAGAUGAAGAAGAAGAAGAAGAAGAAGAAGAAGAAGAGAUGUACGAUCCGGAGACAUCCUAUAGAGAUGAGUCGCCAGCCGUAGAUAGUGGACAAGCGACCAGGAAAACGGAGUCGAAGUCUGAUGACUCUGAUUACGAUCCAGAGGAGUUUGCUCCUGUGGUGAAUAAACCUCCCACUGCUACUGUCCAUAAGCCUGCUGCUGCUCCCGCUCCUGCUCCUGCGAUUAGAAGCUCUGGAAUACCAGGCCUUCCACCCAGACCUCCUGUCAGAGCUGUCCGAAUUGGUCACAGUAAGACGGUUCCAACUGGGGGCCUAGCUCCUAGUUCUGCUCCUGCAAGACAGAUGACUCUAAAUGAGGCCAUGGAAGCUAUCAUGACCAGCGACGUGGUCAAGGACCCUAACUUCAUUAAGCUCUCCCAAGUGGAACAAAUGAAAAUCAUCCAAGAACAAUUAGCCAAACAAGGAGUGCAUUUACCUGACCAAAAGCCACCCAGCAACAGCACCGAUUACAAAAACUACGAUCAGGUGUACUCUUAUAACAAACCAUUCAAGCAUAUCAAGGAUAGGAUUCCAUUGGUUCCAGUGAAUGAAUUUUGCCGCCGUCCAAACAUAACUAUUCCUAUGACUCCACAGGAGGAGAAGGAUUACGAAGCGUUUGUUCAGACUGAGUUGCGCUAUAAUUCUGCCAAUAAUUGGGAUGAGUUCCCUGAUAAACUGAGGUUGUUUGUUGGGAAUUUACCCGCCAAUACAAUCACCAAGCAAGAUUUGUACAGGAUAUUCAGUCAGUACGGUGAAGUCAUUCAGAUUGUGAUAAAGGCAGGUUUUGGAUUUGUGCAAUUCAGAACUACUGAAGCAUGUUUGGAAUGUAUAAAGGGUGAGACAGACGUCCCAUUGCACAAUAAGAUUAUGAGACUAGAUGCAUCAAGGCCCCAAAAAAGUGGGAGCUCAAGCAGUCCAAUUUUGUCAAGAGGUAGAGAAAGAACAACUUCCGAAGAAGUUGACGAUGACCAAAGUAACAAAAGAACAAAGUUGGAUGACAAAACGUAUCAAAUUACCAAAGAACUGACUGUGGACGCUCAAGACACUGGAAAAGAAGCCGAUUUCGAUGGCGAUGAUGAUGAAGGCGAAGAAGACGACGACGAGGAUCUGGAACCAGAAUGCUAUAUAUACAUAACUAGCGAUUCUCAAUCUACUGUUGUCAAGAAGUGUAAUGAAGUCUUUUCUAAAUCUGAGAUUGUUUUUGAAUUCGAAGACGUAAGUGAUCAAGACAUCACCGAAGUAAUCAGUGAUGCUGCUUAUACUGGAAUCAUUGGGGCAUGUGUAAUCAAGGAACUGAAGGUAGACUUACAAACUUUUGAAAGUACCCCUGAUGGCGGGAUUAAAUUUGACGAAUACGAAGGCAUUGAACCUGAGGUAGCAGUUGAGAUUUUGGCCAAGUACAAAAGUAAAAAGAAGGCAUCUCUGACUGGUCCACGCAAAGAAGUUCCCUCUAUCAGCAAUCAGGCACCCUCUACCAUCCCAAAGGUCCCUGCUCCUUCAUUACCAGCCAUUCCCAAAAAACUCAAUGCGCCAGUUAUUAUUAACAAUGGUAAUCCAAACGGUAACAAUAAUGCCUAUGAGAACCAGUACUCUCGAGGCAGAAACCAGAGAGUUAAGAAUCAGAGAGUUGGCCAACAUGCCCCACCAACUGUUCCAGUAAAUAGUUAUGGAUCUUUCAAUUACGCAAACAACGAACCUUUUCCUCAAACUUUACCUGCAGUGCCUCAAGCCCAUCAUCAUCAACAAAUCCCAACUCAAGCAUUCCCUUACCAACCAUCUCCAACCCGGAGUCAACAUCUUGUACAAAGUCAAGGUUAUCAAAACCAGGUUCCUCCGGGCCAGUCAUUCACUGCGCAACCUGGAUUUGGGGUUCCAACUUAUGGCGCUCCACCCCCUCCACCAGCUAAUCAUAACCCUUAUGGAGUUCCUUUUGGGCAACAUCAACCUGCGACUCUACCUCAGCAGCAGCAACAGCAAGUUGCCAGUGACCCAAAUGCCCAGCUCAUGAAAACCCUACAAAACAUGGACCCUUCGGCAAUGCAAAAUAUGAUAUCUCUUUUACAACAACAACAGCAACAGCAACAAAUCAAUACCCCACAACAUCAUCCUCAGCAACAACAGCAGUUUCAGUAUCAGAAGCAAUUUCCGCAAAACGCAAACUACGGUAGCGCUUCCCAAAAUCCUAGUGGUUUCUCUUCACCGAACCCAAACUAUGCACCAGACCCACCUCAAACCCAAACUCAACCCCCUAAAUCCCAGCUUGACUCUCUUUUAUCUCAAUUGCAAAGUAACCAACCUCCUAACUUCCAAAAUUCCCAAUCCCAGACGGAAAGUUUAUUGGACACAUUGCAAAGAUUAAAUGGACAACGUUGA